CCCUGGGUUUACUCCCGAAUCCAAGAUGGCGGCGAUGUCUUCAGGAAAAAUCGGCUCAACAAAGUUCCCUUUUUUACGCAGCAUUUCUCGUGUUACCUUGUUAAAAAAGUGUCUGAUAGAUAACCUGCCAUGUAGUUCUUAUGCUUCGCAGGCAGGAAAGGCGGCCUCGCAGAUGAUGAAGAGAGAAGAUGGCCCAAGGCUAGGCACCCGCGGUCGAGGGGGAAGGACCAGGGAAUUCAGGAAUGAACAUCAGAAGAGAGUCCAUGGAGCCAUGCAAAGGAAUCCAUCAAGAGCGGUCACUAUGAAGCCAGAGUCCACAGAUUGGCCGUCAGUUUUCUCCGGCCCUCAGACCUACAACCCUGCUAUCAUCCCCGUCUUCCUGAGAAUGGGGCGGCGCAAGCACAACAGACUGGACAACUUCCCUCAGCGGACCAUGGCGAACUUGGAGCUGAUGAAGAUUCCAAAUUUCUUCCACCUGAGUCCCCCAGCAAUUGAAAGACAUUGCCAAGCCCUCAAACCUCUUUGCAAGCCAUGGCCCAAAGAUUUGGACCCCUCCUUACGUCCCCUGAGGGUUAUAACCAGAAACUAUCUGUUUGCUGGUCCAUCACUCCACCACCCAGGAUCCAAGAAAGUCAAACUACAGGUUUUCCUAAAGGACUUGAUCCUAGAUGACCAUGCCCGCACCAAACUGAUUGAACUUGUUGGCGAGAGGUACAACCCUGUGGAUGACAGCUUAACCAUCGUCACUGAUCGAUGCCCCACAAGACAACAGAACAAUGACUAUGCACUCUACUUGAUGACCGUUCUCUACAACGAGGCCUGGAAAAUUGAGCCGUGGGAGACUGAGGCAAGCAAUGAGAUCUGUGACGAUGAAAGCGAUGAGCCAAUCAGGAAGCGCCGUAACGCAAUACGUCUUAGGCUGGUGGGAGACGAGUUAUACCGGUUUAACAAGUAUGGCAAGGGAUUCAAGCUCCACGUGAAAGUCAAAGUCUAACAUUUAUAAAAUGUCCUUUUUUUCAUGAUUUGGCUGUGUCUGCUUAAACUGGUCUUAUAAAAGGAUUCAAGACUUGGUUCAACUUGCUUGACAAUGUUCAUUCUAUAAGAAUAAAAUAUUUAAAACUCUCAGAUUUUAAAACUAAUUGCUAUUCUUGCAUAAUAUAAUGAGGCCAUUUUAUUUUAGGAUGACCAAUGAUUGGCAAAAAAGUAACAUCCUUCCAUAAAAAUAAGCCUUUUCUGCCAAAGAAACUUUCUGUCUGAUUCGUAACCGCCUUUUGUUGUUGUUAUUUUGCCGCCAAAAGCUUGAGCGCGCGCGAGUUUGCCUCCCAAAAAGUCACGUGAUCUGAGUGCAAUUCGCCUAUUGUGAGACAGAAGUAAAACUAGUAAGUAUUACACUGAAAUGUAUUGAUUUAGAUAAAAACGGAAAUAAAGCGAAUUUGUGAGAA